UUCUUACAUCCAGCAAUGCCCCAUGGUCGCAGGCGAAGGAAAUGUGUUCUGAGGAAGGUGGCACAAUGUUGACUGAUGCUGAUGACACAUAUAUAGAAUUAUCAAAGGAAGACCUUGCAGCUCAAAUGGACGUAGCGAAUUUAACAGAGGCUUGGAUAGGGCGAUACUACACGCCAUGGUCCUGGUUAAAAGGGUGCUAUACUUAUACGGACGACAUGUUACCCGAAAGAGCAGGUUAUUUUAAAUCCAAUCAACAAUCGACAUGUAUAGAAUACUGCCAUGAUUCUAACUACUUUGGAUUGAAGGGUAACGCGUGUUAUUGUUUCCAAAAGAUAGAAGGUCAGUUUGUAAGGACGGCGGACUAUUGCAAAGAUAGUUGUCCGGGAAAUUUAGAGGAAAGAUGUGGCGGAAAAACCGCAAUGACAGUAUACAUGAAUGAUUUAUGUUUCAACAACUCCACGCGUUGGAAUGGAACCAUUUCAACUACUCGGUCAGGGAAAACGUGUCUUCCGUGUAGUUUAUUGUCACAGAGCUGUGCCAAUGAGAGUGUGGAUUAUACAGAUAGCUUUUGUAGAGACCCAAGUAACAAAGGGAAUACUUGGUGCUACACGAGUGAUGGCGAAGAAGAUUGCGAUAUACCGAAAUGUUUGGGUAGAACUGAUUAUAACGGGGCCUAUGAAUGUAUGGCUUUUAGAGAAAUAACUGAAUCUAGAAUUCAAGCUCGACAGGAAGAAUGCUCAAAAAAACUACAAGCAGUAUGUCAAUAUGAAGGGAUGAUAGUCGCAUUAAAAUCAGUUACGUGGAAUGGAGGAAGAGAUGGGUGCAGAUUUUCUACUUCAAGCGAUGGUGAAAUAACGUAUAGUAUGGCAGACACCAGACACGUUUUAACUGAUUCUGGACAUUACUACUGGGUAGGAUAUCGGCGUACAGUGAGGACUGUGAGCGAUCUAUCUGGUUCUUUCAUCGACUGUUUUCGUGUAACAAGAAACGAAAAUGGCAUUUCACUAGGUGUGAACAAGUGCACAGAGGAAAUUCGUGUGAUUUGCCUAAAAUUACCCAUAACGUGUGGUGAGAUAUAUAAUGAAGGCAUACGUGGGAAGUUUAAUUUUCCGAACACAACUCGCACUUACGAUCCUGAUCAUAACUGUGUCUGGAAAAUAUUGGCAACUCCUGCCGAGAAAAUUGAAAUCUACAUCGAGUUUGAUUUAGAAGACAGCGUCGUAUGUAUGUGCGAUAAAAUAAAGAUAUACGACAAUGAUGCACCGGAAGGACACCCAAACAAAACACUUUGUGGUCGAGGAAACAUCACAUUCUAUUCAAGCGGACCCACUGUUGUCAUUCAGUUUAUAUCAGACGAGUCAGUGAAUGGAACUGGCUUCAACGUUUCCUGGAAAGUUGAGAAAGAAGAACAUACAACAACCCUUUUGACAACCACAAUGGAAGAAAAAGAAGGACGCACAACAAUCCCUUCGACAACCACAGUGCAAGUAUGGUUUAUCCCUGCUGUUUCAUCCGCAGCUGUUGUUUUUGUGGUGUUGAUAACCACCCUGAUUUGCUUCUGGAGGCGACACAAACGGCCAAGAGAGGAGGUCAAAGAGGAGAACGUGUUUACUAAUUCAGCUUAUACAGAAUUCGACAAGAAUGAAACAAUCACUACAGGCGACAAAAUGCACGGCAGCCCCAAACAUUCCGAUUCUGACAGACUUGACGAUACCAUUGACACAUAUGCAACGGUACAAGAACCAAGUGAUUUUUUAUCUUCAGAAAAUAAAACAAGAAACCAACCGCGCAUCGCAGCUAAUAUUUCUCAGAAUGAUGACUACACAAACGAUAAUUAUAAUAGUUUGAAUGCAACUUUCAGCAAAUCUCCCUCUAACCAAACAGACAAUGUGUACAACCAUAUACCAAAUGAUGCAAAUGAAUACUCAGUUUCAAUCUCAUUUAACGCGAAACCUAUGAACACUCAAACCAAAGGUACAGACAAUGUUUACAAUACGCUUCCAAAAACUGAGGAAAAACAUUAUGAUCAUGCCGAUUUGUCUGGUAUACCGGACAACCGUACUGGGAAUGAAAGUGAUCAAACUUACAAUAAGCUUCCACGCACAACGGAUAAUGAGUAUGACAGCACCUGUUCGCAUACACGUGUAGCCGAUCACGGUGAAUAUAAUUAUAUCAGCAAGUGAUUUAGGCAAACAUGGAUAUGAUGAAGAAACCUACAAACGAUGAAUGGUACCCACAAACGAUCCAAUAUUAUCAUUCAGAAAAUAAUAUGUAUAGAAAAGAUUGUCAAAAUGAGAACACUGUUGGGUUACUCGCCUCAAUUUCUCGAGACAUCUUAAGUCCCUUAUAAUAGGAUUAAGCUAUUUGUUCUCAUGUUGAUGAGUGUUGGAAUUAUUACAGGAAUUUGUUUAAAAAAUAGUUAUGAUAAACUAUUUAUUUUGAUUCAAAAUCAAG